AUGGGAGGCUGCUUUAGCGCUGAGCAAAAGGCCAACAAGAAACUCGUACAAUACGAGAAGACUGCUGUUAACCGGGAAAGAGAGAUCAAAAAAUUGCGAAUGGAGAAGCGGAAGCUAAAAAGUCUGCUCAUGUGCCACUGCAAGAAUAACCAUGAGAACACUUUCGUCCGCCUCGACUCUUGUGGCCACAAAAUCUGCCGAAAAUGCAAACGAUUGCCAGACAUGGGCGAAUGCCCAUUCUGCAUCGUGAGUGAGAAUGGACCACGGCUGAAAUUCGACCGCGAAGUCAGCAUCUCAUGCUUUGCGUUUCCAAAAAGAGCGAUAAACCAUCCCGUCCCAGCGGCAACGAGAAAUCAACCAAACGCCCCAUCCCUGAAACAAGCUGCUCCUCGACCGCCAAUACCUAGCAGAGCAACAAGGAUCCAAGAGGAAAAGCCCGUCCCAAGUGCACCAGAACAAGUUCCGAUGGCCAAAGACCGUUGCUGGGGACCUCCUCCAUCGAAACCGAACCGGAUAGUUCGGGAAUUCCCGCUCUCACAAAACGACCCAGCCACUCCAAUGCCAACAAUUCCCUCGAUCGAAGAGGAGGAAAAUAUGUAA